CCCGUCCGUGCAGAGACUGCGCAGCCCACUGUGCUCGACUUGACAAUUCUAAAACAUGAGCUCUCCCUCCAGCAUCGGCCAUCUUCCUAGGCAUGACUCUGCCAUGCAGCCUGGCUUGCGUUCCUCAAUAUAUCCCGUGAGAGGUGACUGGAGACCUCCUUGACUUUCCCAAGCGAAGGCCCAGGAACUAUCUUCCGGAGACGUCCUUCUCGCAAAGAGCACACAAUGGCCAACGCAUCGGACGUCAUCACCUACAUCGGCGUCCCGCUGGCCGUCCUAGGUGUCCUUCCCAUCCUGUACACAUUUAUGCUCGCUAUCCUUACACAGCGCCGGAUCCGCGCCGCCCUCGUCCACCACGGCCAUAGACCUGUGAGCACAACGCGCCCGCACGAUGGCUUCACCAUCCGCAGCUCCCCAAUGACCAGUCUUAUCGAAGUCGAGUUACCUCGCUACACUAUCGCCCCUCUUGAGCGCGGAAAUGAGGAAUACUGGAAAACCACGGCCGAGGGAAGAGAGGCGCCAGAAGAACACCACCAUCUCCUUACACUGGAUCGUGCAGAAAGCACCCUGUCCAUGAUCGAAGAAGGGCGCGUCCGUGGCUUUUUGCGAGGCGGCAGCUGGCGGGGCUUCCACUGGAAGAAACUCAUUGUUGGCAAAAGAUUGUACAGAAUCCAAUACGAGGACGAAUUGAGGGAACCCCCUGCAGAAGUGAGCUUUGAGGAUUUGGUAGUGUUCUUGCUGGAUUGGGGUGCUGUGCCAGAAGGGAUGGGCUGGGAGAAAUUGAGGAGCGGUGGGUUAUGGACGCCGAGCGGGACGGUGUUGCUGAAGAAACCCGAGGAUGACGGUGCCGAUGGUGACGAAGGCACUAAGAAACGAGGAAGGGGCGUCGACUGGGUGCUGCGAACAAGUAUGCCUGAUGAGAGUGAUGGGAUACUGAGUCUAACAAUACGAUGGACGCGAGACGAAGCGACCUCCGUCAGAGACAUGAGAGGGGCGGAAAGCUUACCUCCCGGCUGGGGACGAUUGACUCAGCCUGCCUUGCUCGAAGCCAAUGAAAAACGGAAAGAAAAUGAGAAAGACUUACCUACGCGGAUCGAGGGCUUGAAGUCGGCAAACAAACACAGCAUGGACAGCAGCAGCUUCCGGUUCCACACUGAAGAUAACCGCAUACAAAAACUCCUCUGGGAACAUAACAACAUCGAAACAGGCUUCGUUUGCGCCCCAUUCCGAAGAUACGAGCAAUCCUCGGCAGCGCUAUGGUUUACCUGUGCGGCAUCAGCGUUGCUCGCCCAUAAAAGCUCCACCAGCGGCGGUCUCUGGGCGUUCGAAACUCCCGCCGAGAUCAAAACCUUUGUCCGCAAAGACACGAUCCCGUGCGGUGUGAUGGUCCUUCUUGGCCUUCUCUCCGAAAACGACGCACCACAGUGGUCGUAUCAAAAAGAUGAUCAUAAUGACGGCAUGACGCUGGCACGGCAACACCAGCAAUGGCUUCAAGCUCGGCUCGCUGCAGAGAGACUGGAGGCCACCAUGCCCCCGGAACAAGCUCGGAUCCACAAGAUGAACCGGGAGUCGAACGAGAGACAGCAGCGGCACAAUGACAUGAUGACCUCCCUUGCCGCGAGGCAGGAAAGGGAAGAAAGGAAAGUCGUUGACGCGAUUGCGAGUCCGAGGAUGGACAUCAAGCGCGUCAGUGAAGCGUGCUUAACAUGGUUGAUAGAGAGGGGAGAAGUGGGGAAGGAAUGGACUGUGAACGACCUGGCCGAGGCUGUUUGUUAUCUGAUGGUGGUGGACUUACAGGAUCCAAGUCCACCCCAGAAGGAAGAAGGGAAAGUGGAAGACGAACAGAGCGAAGCAAUGAGAAUCAUCGGGAUCCUGGACGAAUGGAUGGCCUGGGCCACGGCUGGCGGGAUGAAGAAACAACAGUUCCGUCUGCUGGAGAAGGAAAAGGAUAAAGUGGCGUUUUGCCAUGCCGUCGCCCUUGUCGCGGUCGUGGCAGAAGCGAUGAGUUCGAACAAUGCGGUCAUGGGGAAGGUGGGCUCCGACAUGCUCGAGUGUAUGAGGUUGUGGCGGAAGGUUCGCCUAGGAUGAGUGAUGUGGGGGCUACGGGUGAGAUUAUGGACGACAUGGUUUGGGGGCAAGCCAAUGCAUUCUCUAGUCUCAGGACCUGAUCAAACGUUGGUACAAAGUAGGGAUGGUGUAGGGGGAGAGAGUCCUCGUAUCUGGCAGAUAUCCACCCCAAUCCCGCUAUACCUGAAGAAGCUAGAGCCCGGAAAUACCCCCAGGUGGAGAAUUUUCUUGGCUUUUUGGCAUCGCAUAUCAACCUCGGCUGCCACUUCGAC